AUGUCGCUCAUCAUCGAUUCGAUAUACCAGGUGGCGGGCAAUGUCUGGAACAAGGGCCAGGAGAUCGUGGACAGGUUCUUCCCGCCGGAGAAGCGUGAGCUGUGGAAGGUCAAGCUGGCCAAGUUUGCAACAGACAAACCCAUGUUUGCUUCAUUCUUGUUGUCGCAACUUGCGUUGAGCGGUCUUCCACUUGUGCUCUUCGUCAUCAUGUCCAUUGGCGUAUUCGUCUUCUCGCUCUUAGUGGGCCUGAUCAUCGCCGUUCUGGCCGCCGUCUUGUUCACCGUCUUCUGCGUCGGCGUCGCGCUACUCGUCCUCUUCCCUACGCUCUUCAUCACCACGUUCGGCGGUGUCUUUGUCUGGCUCUGGGGCGUCGGAGCAUACUAUAUCAUGAAGUACUUCAACAAGAAUGCUUUGCCGGGCUCUGGUGGCGGCGAAGAGGGCCAAAAGGAGGGCGAGACCGGCCCGCUGCCAGACCUCAACGGCGUGACCAAGGGCGCAGUGGACACGGGCGACGUGACCAAGACUGCAGGAAACGCGACCAAGGCGACGGAUGCUACAAAGGGGUUGACAGAUGGCGACGUGACAAAGACGGCGGGAAAUGUCACCAAGGCCACCGACGCAACAAAGGGAGUGACUGGGGGCGAUGUCGGCAAGACGGUCAAUGGCGCCGCGAAAACUGCCGACGUGGGAAAGACGGCCGACGUGGGUAAAACUACGGGCAGCGUCACGAAAAAAGCUGAUCUGGGCAAGGUCAACAAUGUGACGAAAAAGGCAGACGUCGGAAACGUGACCAAGACGGCCGACGUCGGCAAGACGGCUGAUGUUGGAAAGACUGCUGAUGUCGGCAAAGUCGCCGGCAAGGUUCUCUAA